UAUGGCGAUUUUUAAGAGAAUUUCCACACUUAACUAUAAACCAGCCUUUAGGAAUUUAAAAAUGAAUUACCCUGCAACCACCAAGAAACCUAGGACCACAUCAGAACGUCGUGAGUCUGGUUGUAGCUUUUCUUUCGUGGUCGUCCUCUACUGACACAUCAUGGGCAGUGAGUGGUCUAGAGAAGGGUACUUCCAUCAAAACAAACGUUUCAAACCUGACAACGACCACACAAUAUUGAAUGUAGACAACCUUGAUAGCUCAGGCGAAAGUAGUACCGAGCACGGUUUGUUUACAGAUGCUGACUGGAGCCGUCUACCUUACCUGGUUUUGGUUCAAGUCUUCCAACACCUGGACAACCCAGACAGGUACCACGCUGCUCUCACGUGUAAAUCCUGGCUACUGCCACUCUCAAGUCCAGUCUUGUGGCGCACGGGACACUUCAAGUUAAAUACCAAAUAUGAUAAAUAUUUGCUCACUUUCAUGAGACGGACGGGGAAAUCUUUGCUGCACAUUAGAGCCGAUUGUGCAGCGCAGAAAGCUGGAGACAUCAGCUAUAGCAUAAGAUUCUUGUACCAGUUUAUCGAAGCUCUACUGACCACCAACAACCAACAACUUGUCACUCUCAGCCUGACCGACAUGAAGAUGUUGAAAUUAUCCUCCGUCCACCACAAGUGGGAGGUGGUCGAACAACUGGCCCUUCUGAUAGAAAAUCAGCGAAAUCUUCAAGUACUGGAUCUCAGCCACGCUGAAUUAAAUAUCGAAGAAGGUCUCCGGCUGCUAGAAGCUGCAGCCAGCCAUCGGUGCCACAAGACCAUCCACACCCUGGACAUUAACCGACUCAUUAUACAAAAGGAGUCAGAGGAUGUCAGCACUGAUAAAAAAUUACAUCGUUGCAUGUCCCGUUUUAGCAACUUAUCAGACUUGAAACUCUGCAAUAUCUACAUGUCAGACGAGCUGCUGUACGUGCUAGCUAAGACAGCCAGCCAUAGUCUGCGAUUAAUCUCUAUUAUAGAGGAGUAUGACAGAUUUCACCAUCCUCCAGCUACCAGUGGAGCCUGGCAGUAUCUGAAGUCUGCUUGUCCAAACCUCAACGUUGAACUUUUCAUCAACCCAAGAACGGGUCGGCGGUACGACUUUAUAGCACUUGCAAUUCUGACCCCUUGUAUGCCACUACAUAAAUUAUAUUGGAGCUGUGGCUUAUCAAAUUUUCACCAUUGCCUGGAACACAUAACAGACAACUUUCGGGAAGUUGUUCUAAAGACACGACGAGAAAAUUGA